CAGGUUUUAAAAAUCAGUUUGAUUGGCCACAGGAAACGUAUUUUGGCGUCGCUGGGAGACAGGCUGCACGAGGACCCGCCCCAGAAGCCCCCUCGCUCCAUCACCCUCAGGGAACCCAGUGGUAAUCACACUCCUCCUCAGUUGUCUCCAUCACUUAGCCAAAGCACUUACACCACUGGUGGCUCCCUAGACGUUCCUCACAUUAUCAUGCAGGGCGAUGCAAGGAGGAGAAGAAAUGAAAACUACUUUGAUGAUAUUCCCCGAUCAAAACUGGAGAGGCAGAUGGCCCAGCAGUCGUCUGUCUGUGAGAUAUGGACGAAUCAGAACGCUGGAUUCCCUUUCUCAGCCAUCCAUCAGGUCCAUAAUACAGGAGACUGGGGAGAACCUUCCAUUACCUUGCGCCCUCCAAAUGAAGCUACGGCCUCAACUCCAGUUCAGUAUUGGCAGCACCACCCAGAAAAGCUCAUCUUCCAGUCGUGUGAUUACAAAGCUUUUUAUUUAGGUUCUAUGCUGAUUAAAGAGCUCAGGGGGACAGAAUCAACCCAAGAUGCUUGUGCAAAAAUGCGGGCUAACUGUCAGAAGUCCACCGAGCAAAUGAAGAAGGUCCCUACUAUUAUUCUUUCAGUCUCAUAUAAAGGAGUCAAAUUUAUUGAUGCAACAAAUAAGAACAUAAUUGCUGAGCAUGAAAUUCGUAACAUCUCCUGUGCCGCCCAGGACCCGGAAGACCUCUCCACGUUUGCUUACAUCACAAAAGAUUUGAAGUCCAAUCACCACUAUUGUCACGUGUUUACCGCCUUCGAUGUGAACUUAGCCUACGAAAUCAUCCUGACGCUGGGACAGGCCUUUGAAGUGGCUUACCAGCUCGCACUGCAGGCCAGGAAAGGGGGCCAUUCCUCCACGCUCCCAGAAAGCUUUGAAAACAAACCCUCCAAGCCCAUCCCCAAGCCCCGCGUCAGCAUCCGCAAGUCCGUGCAGAUCGACCCUUCUGAGCAAAAGACGCUGGCCAACCUGCCGUGGAUUGUGGAGCCUGGACAAGAAGCCAAGAGGGGGAUUAAUACCAAGUAUGAGACCACGAUUUUCUGAUACUCACCGUCCUCCCGCCCUCGUGGUGCCUUGCACGCCGAGCAGCCCGGAGCAGGCUUCCCUUCCCGCCUCCGUUCCCACCCAGCCCAGGAGGGAGACCGCUCUGUUUGUGUGGCCUUGUCACAGGCGAAAGGCCACUGGCCAUUCCUGGGGACGUUCUUUCUGCACCAGUGACAGAAAGUGCAGCCGAAACCCUGAGAGGCACGAGCUGAGAUUUCCGCGGGCUCCCGACUCCCCUCCCUGUCACCACCCAAGGUAUUUCCAAUGACUUGGCCCCCACACUUGCUUUGCUGUCGUUGGGGAUAAACAUCUUUUUAAAAAAGUGCAGGGGAUCUCUAAUACUGCCUAAAAGUAUAAAAAUCUUGCGUUUUUCACUGUCCACAGUUUUAAAGGUAGAAUCAGAACAGAACAGCCCCCACAAAGCAUCUGUAAAAUCAUUCUAUCACUGAGCAUCAUUUCAUGCAACAAAAAACCACCCUCCAUAGUGGCCAGGAAACCCUGCCUCCCAAUUUCUAUAUUUGUGGUUUUUUAUGUCAUCAACUAUGUCAGCUAAAGAAAACCUUCACAUCUACGAACUGAUUCAAAUUUACGAAUGAUUUAACGCAGAGAAAUUUAUUAUGCACAGGAAAAUGUGUCUUGUAUUCAAUAUUUUUACUAAAAAGAUGUUUCAUUAAUGCAUUGAUAAGCAAACGAGGUUAGUUGUGAGGGAUGUUUCCAGUUUCGUUCGUUUCAAGUAACUAAAUCUCGACUGCUACGAUCAAGAAGGUAGGCUGAGCAUGGGAAGGUCCUGGGACUCUCCCCGGGGCAGGAGAUUCGGGCAAGCAGACGGGGCUCCCACCCUAAGUGCUGUCGCAGCCACAAACCUGCAGAGAUUGUUUUUUUAAAUCUUCACAGUGUUUUAAAGAACAUGUUAAAAUAAAAACCUAGGGCUCCUGCUGUCAAGAUUUCUGUCAUGGAAAACUUGUUUGAGAAAGGUGUUAAUAAAAUUCUAUUGCAAAAAUUUGUUUUCUAGAAAAAAUAAAUACAAAAAAAAAGAAGAGAUUCCAAAGUAAUAAAACUCUUUUCUUGACACAGAAAAAUAAUGUUUGCUUACUAUUUGAUUAAAUAAAAUUUACUUACAUUUCAUUAAGCUAUUUUACUUUUUUUAAUGUCUCUGUGGAGUAUUUGUAUGAUAAAUACCAUAAUGUAUAUUUAUGUAGAAUCAAAUUAUAUACAGUACCAAUAUCAUUAUAGAAAAAAAUAACAUUUUAAUGUAUAUUGUUCUAACUGACCAUAUUGUGGAUCAUUUUGAAGUUCACUAUAGAGAUAUUGAUAAAUUGUGGGACUGUCUUAAUGUUGCUUUUUUUAAAAAAAAAUUAACCAAUAUGAUUUUAAACCUGAGAAUAUCAGUUACAUUCAUCAGUUGGUGAGUUUUGGAAGAUAACUACAUUUUAUUUCAAACUGACACAUGUAUAUGGUUUCAGUUCAGUGUGGAAGAAUUUUAAUACAAUAUUAAAUUACUUGAACUGAACAGUUCCUUGUACAUAUUUUGCCUAUUCACUGUCGAUAUGUAUGUAGAAAAUGGAAAGUAAAAUAUCACAUCUAUGGUACCAAAAGGAAACUGUAUAGAAGCAAAGUGAAUAGUAGCUUUGCCGAAACAGAAACAUACGUGUAAAUAUGCUUGGGCUUCCAGUUAUAAAUUUUGUAAUUUUUGUCAUUAUUUAUAUCCUAUAAAAAAGCACACAGAAUAAAAAGGAGAUUGUACAGCC